AUGGCAUUGGAACAGGGGAAACAAAUACGCAACGGAAGAGAGCUCAAACGAUAUGGCACUGGAGACAGUGUCAAACAGUAUGGCAACGGAGUGAGCGUCAAACGAUAUGGCACUGGAGACAGUGUCAAACAGUAUGGCAACGGAGAGAGCGUCAAACGAUAUGGCAGUGGAGAAAGUGUCAAACAAUACGGCAACGGAGUGAGCGUCAAACGAUAUGGCACUGGAGACAGUGUCAAACAAUACGGCAACGGAGAGAGCGCCAAACGAUAUGGCACUGGAGACAGAGGGAAACAAUACGGCAACGGAGAGAGCGCCAAACGAUAUGGCAUUGGAGACAGAGGGAAACAAUACGGCAACGGAGAGAGCGUCAAACGAUAUGGCACUGGAGACAGUGUCAAACAGUAUGGCAACGGAGUGAGCGUCAAACGAUAUGGCACUGGAGACAGUGUCAAACAAUACGGCAACGGUGAGAGCGUCAAACUUUACGGCAACGGAGACAGAGGGGAACAAUACGGCACUGGAGAGAGCGUCAAACGAUAUGGCACUGGAGACCGAGUCAAAAAGUACGGCACCGGAGAGAGCGCCAAACGAUAUGACACUGGAGACAGUGUCAAACGAUAUGACCAUGGAGGCAGUGUCAAACAAUAUGGCAACGGAGAAAGUGUCAAACCAUAUGGCACUAGAAACAGUGUCAAACGAAAUGGCACUGGAGACAGUGUCAAAAAAUACGGAAACGUAGAGAGCGUCAAACAGAGUGGCAACGUGGGAAAUAUUACUAAAUAUAGCAAACUGGGUAGUGAGAAAGACCACGACGAUAGUGUCCAAGUGCAUGGCAACGGGAAUAGAGCGAGUCAAGAUAUCGGGAGUAUUCAUGGUUUACAGUUAGCGAAGGCAGUAAGGCACGAAUGUUCGUUACAACACACACAGCAACAGAUCAAAACCAUGAUGCAUUUUAUACCUGGUAAAGAAAUUCUAUAUUGUCCUGUAGAAAAAAUCGCUACGACAUUUUGGAGGAGGAUUUUGUACACGUUCUCUAUCAAAGACUCGAGGUAUAAAUUACCAUUUGAGAUUCCCGAAGACACGGCACAAGUAGAAAUAAAGAAACGAUUCUCAAAAACAAUUGCUCCACAUCUGCCAGUCAGUUCCUUUACAUUUCUUUUCGUUCGAAAUCCAUUUUCUCGUAUCUUAUCAGCAUUUAUUGAUAAAAUAGUUGCCCCUAAUCCAUACUAUUGGUUGCAUUUUGGUGAGGCGGCUAUACAACUUUACCGUAAAAGUGUAAAUGGGUCUUCUUUUAAGGGCCACAGUAUAACAUUCGCUGAGUUUGUAAGAUUUGUCACUGAUGUGGAGUCCUCACCAAAAGUCUACAGUGAUCCGCACAUUAAAAGUAUUGACAAUAGUUGUCACCCUUGCGGCCACAAUUAUUCUUUUAUUGGAAGAAUGGAAACUUUUAAAGAGGAUGCUUUGUAUGUUUUACAAAAGUUGGACACACAACAACACAUAGUAAAAUCAAUCGAGGAUCAGUGGGAAGAACUUUCUAUAGAAGCUGCAAUUAAAUUUAAUAUUGACUAUUGUUUCAUUAGCAAACAAAACAUACUGAAAUAUAUUUCAUGGGAAAAGGCUUUGCAAAGACUCUGGCUUCAUCUCCAAAUGCGAGGUGUAAUAGCUAAAAAUCAAAUUCUUAAUAUUACAAAGGAAACUGUUGAGAAACUUACUGUUACGGAUUUUGUAGAACUUGCCAAGAAGGCCAAUAAAGCUUCUAGUGAGUCGGAGUUAACCAGACAGAAGCUUGCAGUAAAGCGCGAAGCGUAUGCUGGUGUAGGGCUUUCUAACUUAAAGAAAUUCACAAAGCUAUUCCGAAAUGACUUUAAUUUAUUUGGAUACAGCGAUUCCCCAUCGUAUAUAUUUCAAAGUGCAGAUUCACCAAUAACACCCCAAUUUUUCAAUUACUCGCAUCUCAACUAGUUAAAGGAUAAUGUACUGGGCGUAUGCACGUGCUGAGGUAACGGGGAGGGGAUGGGUUGUCAAGUGACAGAAAAAAUCAACUAUCAUAGCUAAGGUAGGUUAUAGCAAAAGUACGGAAAUCUAGGUAACAGUUCAACCCCUAUCUAAACAAACCCCUACCCGAUGUUUAUGUCAGACUGACGGAGUAAAGUCAUAAGUUUACAAUUGUUUAACGGAAACAUUAAAUUUUGGAAUAUUUUACAAUACGAAUUAACAGCAGGGAGGAAUUUAAGUUGACGGAGUGCAGUCAGUAAAUUAAAAUGAAUGAAGCUACAAACAGAAAUCAAAGCCAUCCAAGUUUGUAUGUUCUUAUCCAAUAUUCACCAAAAUUGGUCACAAUGUUUAUAGGCAUAAUAAUUAUAUCUGUCAGGUUGGAUAACCGAGUAGUUUGUUCCAGUGGAUCUGGAGUUAUGGCCCUUGCAUUACAAAAAUGCGAGAAUUAAGCAUCUGCUCCCUAAGUAAUUCUAAUUAAGUGUUUACCAAAGCUGGUCAUUAUAUUUACGGCAAAAUAUCUUCAUAACCAUCUAUAUAGUUCUAGUGGAUCUAGAGGUCCGGCUUAGCCAUACUUGAAUAUGAAAAAUGACCUAUAUACAGGAGAUUUUCAGAUCCAGGAUAGAAGUAUAGAUAAUUUGAUUAGGAGCAUUUCCGACAUUUUUAACUUUGAAACGUUAUGCAGUGUGGCCUUUCAGCUACUUAUGGAUUCUGUUUUUCGUUACUUGCAUUAUUUCAUAUGGUACCGAUCACUUACCGUUAGCUGUGAACAUGAUUUGGUUGUUAAAUAGCUAAUUCUUUGAUUUUUAUCUAAACAAGAGCUCGUAGAACACGAAAUGCCACCCCCUUGAUGCAUUCAGUAAAUGCACAAGGAACAGAAAUUAUCUGGUCACUGUACACGAAAUAUCUACUGUUCUGGGUCAAUGUGACCGUGACCUUUGACCUAAACAAAUUAAUAUGGGUCAUCUGCUGGUCAUGAUAAACCUCCCUGUUACGUUUUGUGAUCCUAGGAUCAAGCAUUCUUAAGUCAUAGAAACGGAUUGACUGUACCAGGUAAAUGUGACCUAGACCUUUGACCUACUGCCCUUAAAGUUAGGUCAAAUACAUGUAAUGCUAGUGUCUAUGGUGAACUUGGGCGAUAACCUUUAUAUGUGCAUAGAUAUGUAAGAAUAAUUAAGUACUGGUUAAAAAUUAUUGAAAGUGAGAACAUACUAUCAAUCAAAGUCUUGAGAUGUCUGGUGGUUGUGGGUUUGCUAGAUUUAUUUUCAUUUUAAAUGCCAAUCUAUAAAUAUACAUGUAUAAGAAACAAAUACUAAUGUGCCUCAUAUAUAAGAUAAACUCUGCCUGUCCUUACAUGAACAGCUGGAAGUCAGUGAUGUAACCAUGGGCUGGAAUACCUAAUCAUUAACAGGUCUUGUAUGAUCUAAAUGGCCAGUGUGAAUGGAUAGAGGAUUGUAUAUGUAUAAAAACGUUUAAUGUCUUUUUGAAUAUGAGGGUUUUUUGGAUAUAAUGCCAAGAUGUUUUAGAUUUUAUUUUUGUAGACUUAGGAUGGGUGGUCUGCCACUCAGAAAACAGACUGGCAGAUAUGGCAGAAAUCAAAUUCCUCGGGAGGAAAGAUAUUGUUUAUAUUGUUGGAAAGAAAUACUUAAAAGUAGAAUAUUCUACACGUCCGUCGGUGUAGAAGUUCAUACAGCUUCUUAAUUCAAAUAACACAACCCGGAACUUAUUCAAUUAUCUAGAUAUGUAAAAGAAGCUCUAACCAUCAGAAAUGCAAUUCUAACAGUUGAACGUUGAUAUCUUAUGUUCAUUUUCCACAUAUAUUCUACUGUAUAUGUAAUUAUAUUCAAGUAUAAAAUACUAAAUAUAUAAGAUUCAUUAUGUCAUGUUUAUAUUAUAAUGUAUUAUAGAUGAUGUACUAUGUACAAGUCUUAAUAAAUUAUCUGUUCUGUUCUGUUCUGUUCAUAAGAUACUCAAACAGUAAAAAAAAAAGAAAAAAAUGUUCAAUGAAAAAAAUGUAACAAGAGCUGUCAGUGGACAGCAUGCUCGACUAUUCUCAGUGCUUGAUAGUAUAAUAUAAGCUAUGAGUAAAACUUUAACAUUA